AUGGAUAGGGAAAACAACCCAUCGAAGACAACAUCGGAGCCCGUCAUGGGGCAGACAGGCGGCAGGCCGCUGUGCCUGCCGUCGCAGUCUUCCGAGAGGAUCAUGGUGGCAGGGUCACAGAAGUGGUCGAACCAGCCGUCAUUGACGAAGAUCUACUACAAGACAAAACUAUGUGAAAAAAUCGAGACCAAUGGGCGAUGCAUGUAUGGGGACAGGUGCACCUUCGCCCACGGCGUUGCUGAGCUACGCGGCCCGUCAUUUGCACAAGGCCCGACGAUUCACAAUCCUGGGGAGAUGAAGAUGGUGGAGGCGCAGAAGUGUGAGAUCCAGUCGGCUCCGGCUACCUCAGGGAGGGCCUCCCCGCCAGUGCCUACGCAGGACGGUGUUGACAAGAUGAGCAACCUGGAGCGUCUGAGCCAGAAGAAGUUAGAGGGCAUACGCGGCAUCUACGGUGACUGGCCGGAGCAGUACUGA